AAGUCAGUUUGGGGAUUAUAUAGCUCCCUAACCCUCCUCUUCUCAUAUUACAAUUUCACAGCUUCAUACGCAUUUCAGGGAGGACCUGCAGAGAUCACAGAGUUAGAGAGAGCUAGAGAUGACUUCUAAUGUGGGUCUGAGAGGAUUCUUACUUGUUUUCGUCACUGCGUUUGCUUUGCUUCAUCAUGCAACCUCUGACGAUAUUGAUGUCUUAGACAAAGAAGGAUGGACAGUACCAACCACGGGUAACGAUCAAGUCUAUCGUACCUGGGCUGCUGGAAGGAAAUUCGAAGUCGGUGACACCCUAGUCUUUAACUUUCCCACAAAUGCACAUGAUGUGGCAAAAGUAUCAAUGGAAGAUUACGAUAGCUGCACCGCAUCGAACCAAAACAACAUCCUGAAACAAGGUCCUGCGAGGAUCCCUCUUAACUCGACUGGCCCACACUACUUCAUCUGCACCAUCAGUACGCACUGUAAAGAAGGUCAGAGAUUAGCCAUCAAUGUCACUGAUGAUUCUGAAACCGAAACUCCAUCUAAUUCCCCUACCACUACCACCACUCUGCCUAUUGCUCCUACUCCACGCAACUCUGCUUCACACACCGCUACUGCCAGUUUCGCCCUGGCUAUGUUGUUCAUUUCCACUAUUUUAUUACAUUAGAAUGAUAAGUUCUCAAUUUCAAAGCAGAUUUUCUAUUUGAGAUCUCUGUAAUUUACUAGGAUAUCCAGUACAGUGCCAAUCUCUGUAGCCUAUAGGGCAUGUGUAACGGGUGUAAUUGUUAUUUUUUAUUUAAAGAAUAAUGUGGCUAGAUCUCUAGCUCAUCAGCUUGACUAUAAUACGAUGGUGAUACUACUUA